ACUACCAAAGUUUUACCAUUCUCUUAGUUUAGUUUUAGUUUAGAGAUACAGCACGGAAACAGGCCUUUCAGCCCAUGGAGUCCAUUAACACUUACUACAUACACUGGGGACAAUUUACAGCAGCCAAUUAACCUACAAAUCAGCAUGUCUUUGGAGUGUGGGAGGAAACCAAAGAGCUCAGAGAAAACCCACGCAGUUAUGGGGAGAACGGACAAACUCUGUACAGACAGCAUCGUAGAUGGGAUCAAACCCUGAUCUCUGACGCUGUACGCACUGUAAGGCAGCAACUCUACCACCGCACCACCUGUUGAAGUGCAUUGAGCCAAAGUCCAGUGCGCCAGCUUUUGUCUUCAGAAAUGGCUGUACAUGGAUUUCAAUUCAAAGGAUGGACAAAAAGUCAUGAUGCAGUUUUUUGGGACUUUGGUUAGACCAUGUAUAUUUUUGGUUACAUUACAAGAAGGAUGAGAAGGCUUUGGAAAGGGUGCAGAGGAGAUUUACCAGAAUGACGUCCAAAUUCUGGAGUACUAGCUAUAUGGAGAGGUUGGAUUGUUUUCUCUGGAACACUGGAUGUUACGGGGAGACCUAAUGGGUGUAUAAAAUUAUGAAUUGUAUAAAAUAUUAAAAUUAUUAAAUGGCUUCCCAAUCUUAAUUCUAGCAAGUUCAAUCACUUUAUAUUCCUUUGACUUUAACCUCUUCAUUUCUCUCCCUUGCUUCCACAACCAUUGGUAGCUUCAUUUGCAGUCGCAGGAUAAGAGCAAAGUACGCUUUUGAAUACAACAUCCAGCCAUCGAAUAGUGUUGUGUUAGGUGUGGUAUAUUUCAAUAAUCUAUGGAACAGCCGAAUAUCCCAUUCAAUGGCUGUUUUUUCUAACAGCACACCACUCUUGUCAAAGACAACUAUUCAGUGCGAUCCAGUGUGGAAUAUCGCAGUUUCUUCUGUCAGCAUUGAACCUUUCAUGUUUUCUGUUGAAUUUACUGAAUUAACGUGGACAAUAAAUUUGUUUCAAAGACAGAAAUAUUAAUGUGUAGGAAAGAACUGCAGAACAAAAGCUUUCUUCAGUUUGAAGUAGGGUCUCGACCCGAAACAUCGCCCAUUCCUUCUCUCCAGAGAUGCUACCACAUCCGCUGAGUUACUCCGGCAUUUUGUGUCUAACUUCGAUUAAAGCCAGCAUCUGCAGGUAUUACUUACGCAAAAGAGCUGCAGAUGCUGGUUUAAACCGAAGAUUGACACAAAAACUGGAAUAACUCAGCGGGUCAGACAGUAUAUCUGCAGAAAAGGAAUAGGUCAGAGUUUGAAGAAGGGUCUCGACCGACCCGCUGGGUUAAUCGAGUACUUUGUGUCUGGCUUUCUCUGAAAUGUGAUUGGUUUAUUGACAGAAAUAACAUUAGCUGGGAUCUGUGAGUGGUGCCAAAUGUAACAUUUGAUUUUAUAUAAUUAUUUAUUUACCACGGUACAUUCGUUAAGCUUCGCGUUGUGGCGUUGAGAUGACUCUGCACGGUAACAAUUCAUGAAUUUUUGCAACCGAAUUCAUUUUAUUGUCAAUUUAAUGCCGAACACAAGGUGGCGCGUUUUCUCUGCAGUUGCCUGAAGGCGAGAUUAUCACUUGUAGAAAUUGCCAGUUCUGAAAUAAAAUAAGUUUUUAACCAAAUUAUUGACAUAUCAUUACAAUUGUAUUAAACUUGGAAAGAUGCGGACAGUGAAAUGAAACAUACCUCAUACACCGACGAAGGAGGGCAAUUGUGUCCUCUUUUUAUGGAUUAAACAUGAGAUGGUUUCAGAAGCACAAGGACCAAAAUACCCCAAAGUUUGCUAUAAUUGGAUGGGCUGACAGUAUAGUUAAUCCUUGCACUGCCUCUGAAACUUAAUACAGCGACACUGCCCCAUUCUAGAGGGACUGAAAAUGACCAAGAGAUGAGAGAUUUACUAAAGGAAGAAAACUUUACAGUGAAUGGGCAACAGUCACUUUUUACAGAUUGGUACCAUUUAUGUGUGUAACUUAGUCUACCUCUGUGUAUGAAGUUAGAAUUCAAUCAGACGUGCGUCUCUUUGGAAAAGCGUGGUCGCUUGGAUCGUGAUGGGAGAAGUGUCACUUUACCAGAACUGAGUAGAAAUAUUUUAUUUGUUGCCUUUUGCUGAGUUUUUUUAUUCUCGUGGUCCAUAAAAAUUGAUGGUGGGACUUCUUUUCAAGAUAAACUUUGCUUCAGGCUAAACGUCCUAAUAUUGUUGACCAACAAAAAGGGAUGGUACUUCGAGCUAUGUCUCGAGCGAUAUAUGUCAUCGUAGUUCUGUCAUUAUGGUUUGGAGGGGAGACUACUGCAGAAAGAGCAGGCUGCAAGAACGUGCACUAUGACCUGGUCUUUCUGCUGGACACUUCCUAUAGCGUGGGGAAGGAGAAUUUUGAAAAGGUCAGGCAGUGGGUGGCCAAUUUGGUGGACAGUUUCGACAUCAGUCCAGAGAAAACCAGGGUAGGAGUUGUAAGCUACAGUGACAAGCCACACACUGAGUUCAACCUAGGUGCUUAUCACAACAUAGAGGACAUCAAGCAGGCUGCGGCAAGCAUCAGAUACCGACGUGGGAACACCAUAACUGGGGAGGCAAUUGGCUACAUUACCUUGAACAGCUUCUCACAGCGGCAAGGCGGAAGGCCAAAUAAUCCGAACAUCCAGAAAGUAGCGAUCCUCUUGACAGAUGGCAGAAGCCAGGAUGAAGUCUUGCCAAAUGCGACUUUGGCCCACUCUGCUGGUAUCAGACUCUUUGCAGUGGGUGUUGGUGAUGCCCUGAGGGAGGAACUGGAGGAGAUUGCUUCUGAACCCAAAUCUGCUCACAUGUUCCAUGUCACUGAUUUCAAUGCCAUAGACAAGAUUCGAGGAAUACUACGACAGAGACUGUGCCAAAAUGUUCUGUGUCCUAAUGUUAGACUGGACAGGAGUCAAUCCAAGAUACCAAAAAAAGCUUCCUCUAACAUCCCAGGUUUUGAUCUGAUGGAGCUGUUUCAUGUGAGGAGCAUUACUGAAAUGAAGAAUGGAGGAUAUGUUCGCCUAGGAACAGUACCCAUAGUUCAAAUGACAAAAGAUGUAUUUCCUCAAGGCCUGCCGGAUGAAUACGCCUUUGUUGCCACAUUCAAGUUCCGAAAAACUUCGAGAAGAGAAGACUGGUACAUUUGGCAAAUUAUCGACAAAUACGGAAUUCCACAGGUGUCCAUUCGUUUAGAUGGUGAGAACAAAGCUGUGGAAUAUAACGCAGUGGGUCUGAAGAAGGAUGCCGUGAGGACCGUUUUCAGAAACAGAGAAGUCAGUGGCUUGUUUGAUCGCAACUGGCACAAGAUGGCACUGAGCAUUCAGUCAGACAGUGUCUCCCUCUAUAUCGACUGUAUUCUGAUUGAAAUUCUGCCAAUGGAAGAACGGGAGAACAUUAAUAUCCAAGGAAAAACAGUCAUUGGCAAGCGUCUGUAUGACAGUGUUCCGAUUGAUUUUGACCUUGAACGAAUCGUAAUUUAUUGUGACGCUAAGGAUGCGGAGCUGGAGAAUUGCUGUGACCUUCCCAGUAACCCAUGCCAGAUUACACUUGCCACCCAAGACCCUUUUUUGGAGAUUUCAACAUCACCACAGCCUCCUGCCGAGGUGGACAGUUCAACUUCUGUCAAUUGUUCCUGUCAUAAGGCAGAAAAGGGUGAUCAAGGUAUCCCUGGUUUUCAAGGACCCAGCGGCCCUAAGGGUGAACCAGGCAAAAUGGGAGUAUAUGGUCCUAAAGGACAGAAAGGAGAACCAGCCAAAAUAAGCCAUACCUUGGUGCAGCAAGGUGAAAAGGGUGAUGCUGGUAUUAAAGGACAGGCAGGGCAACCAGGCGAGACGGGCGGAAAGGGAGACCAAGGUUAUCCUGGAGAACAGGGUUUUAAAGGCACAGCUGGAUCUCCUGGUAUAAGAGGUGAUAUAGGUCCUAAAGGAUCACAUGGAGAGAAGGGUGACCGUGGUUUUGAUGGAUUUCCUGGAAAACCUGGUCUUCCUGGAGAAAUGGGUGCAACUGGGUUUCCAGGGCUUUCUGGAUUUAAAGGAGCAAAAGGAGAUGCUGGACCUCCAGGCCUACCCGGGAGCAUGUCAGUGGAGACUGGUAGUUUAAAAGGAGAACAAGGUGACCCAGGGCCUCGGGGCUUUCCUGGUUUGUUAGGCCCUUCAGGGCCUAUGGGUCCUCCUGGACUGGAUGGCAUUCCUGGAAAACCAGGUCUACAAGGUCAAAGGGGAAGAAAGGGUGACCGAGGACUGCCUGGUCUACAAGGAAUUACUGGAGCCACAGGAAUUAAAGGAGAGGGUGGCAUUCCUGGAGCACCAGGUCAUCGUGGAGAUCAGGGGCUGCCAGGUGAAAUUGGAUUUCCAGGAAAACCAGGAUCAAUGGGAAAACCGGGACCACCUGGAAUAGAUGGGAAAAAUGGGUUUUCUGGACCUCAAGGGAUUAAGGGGCAAGAUGGAGAGCCAGGACAAGAUGGUUUACCAGGAAAGUCCGGUGAACAGGGAGAAUCAGGGAAUCCAGGUAUCUCGGGGCCCAGUGGGCAAAAGGGAGAAAUAGGCCUACCAGGAUUACAUGGCCUACCAGGCUCAAAGGGAUUAAAAGGAAACAAGGGUGAACUAGGAGAUCAAGGACCAACCGGGCCAAAAGCAGAGAAAGGUGAAAAGGGUUCUGUUGGAGCUCCUGGUUCUCCAGGCUUACCAGGGACGGCAACUGAUGGUUUUCCUGUACCUGGGUUACAGGGCCUGAAUGGAGAGAAAGGAGAGAAAGGAAAUCCUGGAGAACCAGGAGAGCCAGGUUCCCAUGGAAUACAAGGUGAAAGAGGACACCAAGGAGUUACAGGUUCAAAGGGUCAACAUGGUAAUCCUGGACCACCUGGGAUCAUUGGAGCUAAAGGAGAAAUGGGUAUUAUUGGAAGAUCAGGACCACCAGGCAUACAUGGGGUGCCAGGAAACGUGGGGAUCCCUGGAGUGGCCGGUCCUCCAGGCAAGGAUGGUCUCAGAGGUGAGAAGGGAGUACCUGGUAAUGAUGGAGAGCCAGGGAUGCCUGGAACUCCUGGUGAUCUUGGACCAGCUGGAAUCCCUGGAACACCAGGUGAAAGUAUAACUGGAAAAAAGGGGCAGCCUGGUACAUCUGGUUUGCCAGGACUUCAAGGAUUAAAGGGUGACCCAGGGGAUCCAGGAAUACCAGGGAUAGCAGGAGAAAGGGGACCUCCAGGUGAAGGAAUCCCUGGACCAUCAGGCCCUACUGGACCACAAGGUGAAUUAGGUCAUCCGGGUCCACGAGGCUCGCCUGGACUCAGAGGCUAUCUUGGUCCCCCAGGAAAUGAUGGAUUACCCGGUCCAAGAGGAGAACCAGGACCUCCAGGAGAACCUGCCUUAUUACCUCUUACUUCCAGGAGAGAGGUAGAAAACAUGGCUAAGGAGUUGUGUACCAGUUGUCCCGAAGGUCCAUCUGGAUUACCAGGAGUCCCUGGCAUCAAGGGAAGCAAGGGCUACGCAGGUCCUCCUGGGAAAGAUGGAAGCAAUGGACUAACAGGAGACCAAGGACCACCAGGGCCACCAGGGCCCCAAGGUCCAGAAGGAACAAUGGGUAGCAAAGGAGAACACGGAUCAUCUGGUUCAUCUGGUGAAAAGGGCGAACAGGGUAAUCCAGGGUUACCUGGCUACCCUGGACCCCCUGGUAAUCAAGGCCAAAAUGGAGCUGAUGGUAUUCCUGGCUCUCCUGGUGCAACAGGUCUACGAGGAGAUAAGGGAAAGGAAGGUGCUCCAGGAAAUCAAGGACCUCCAGGAUUGUUAGGACUGCCUGGACUCGCAGGAAAAGAUGGAAUAGCUGGAAAACCUGGACCUGCAGGAGAGCCGGGCAGACCAGGUAAUCCUGGACCUUCAGGCAGGAAUGGACUCCGAGGAAUCCCAGGGUUUAAAGGCCUUCGUGGUGCAGAUGGUUCAAUCGGUCCGAGAGGUGAAACAGGAAUGGUUGGACCGCCAGGUCUACCAGGUAAACCAGGAAACGAUGGUGAACAGGGACCUAUAGGACCUCAAGGUCCUCCUGGUUUAAGAGGUAAUCAGGGUAGAAAUGGUGCUCCUGGGCCCGAGGGAAAGCCUGGUGAACCUGGUCUGCCGGGACCUAAAGGUCCAAAAGGAUCAAAUGGAGAUCCAGGCUUUCCAGGGAUUUUGGGAUUACCAGGACCUCGUGGAAUUGCGGGAGAGAUAGGAGCUCCAGGCAAGACAGGAUCACCAGGCAAAGCUAGUGAUCCGGGGUCCAAAGGAGAACGGGGUGACCGGGGUUUUCAAGGUGAAAAAGGAAUCCAGGGAGAGAAAGGACGAGAUGGUGAUCCAGGCAUCCCAGGCAUAAAAGGACAUACUGGGAUAAUGGGUCCAUUGGGUCAUUCCGGAGAACGAGGUCCAGUUGGAUCACCAGGCCAACCAGGUUCACCUGGCUUACCUGGGGAAAAAGGUGAACCACCAUCAUCAGAACAAUUGAGAAGACUUAUAAGAGAAGAGCUGUCAAAACAACUUGAUGCACGGUUGUCCUAUCUCCUGUCUCAGUUUCAACCAACAUCGAUUAAAGCAGCACCUGGAAAGCCAGGGUCUCCUGGUCCACCAGGGAAUGAUGGAUUUCCGGGGAGACCUGGUGUUCCAGGAGAACCUGGCCUGCGUGGAGAACCUGGCCUAGAGGGAGCCAGAGGACCAGUAGGUCCAAAAGGUGAUAAAGGUACUAAAGGUGAACAUGGGGCAGCAGGCAUUGGACAGAGGGGUGAUCAUGGUCUGCCAGGUCCUCCAGGCAUUGCGGGAACACCUGGCUAUGGAAAAGAUGGAAUAUCUGGUACACCAGGCCCACAAGGCGAGCCCGGCAUACCUGGCAGUGCUGGUCCACAGGGACCCCCUGGGCAAAAUGGAAACUGUGAUUUUGCGCAGUGUGCUUACUAUGCAAGCAUGGCCAGUCGGUCAGCCAAUCAAAAAGGACCUUAAACCAAGAUCAGAAGCGUUUGGUAAAAUUGAAGGACUGAGGUUGUUGGCUUAAAACACAUUGAUAAUUAGCAACCUGAACAAAGAUCACUGCAAGCACACUAGCUGCUGGCCAGUUGUGUUUUCAGACUCUCAUUGGAGACUUGUACUGUGUCCCAACCAUUAAGCACACGUGUAGAUUCAUUCUGCAAAUCUGCACCAGCACUUGUGACUUAACUGUGUGGUUUUAAAGCUUAUUAACUAUGCAUAUUUUCAAGUUCUGCAGCUAUUUUCCACGAGACUUUCAUCUCAACUACACAACAUUCUGGUGUGACACCACAUGGUGCAAUUUACAAUCUCUGGCCCAUUCAGUUGUUGUGAUUGAUUUCAGUGUUAAAUAAAAGUAACACUAAA